GGCCCUGCUGCCGGCCCGGGCCCGGGCCUGGGCCUGGGGCGGGGGUGGGCCGUCACUCUCGGGCCCUCGACUUGCGUCGCGCUGGGUGUCCCGGGGGUGUUUUCAUUACCUUCUGACUCUCCCUUUUUCUCUCCUUUCUGCCCUCCUUUCCCAGGCUUCGUGCGUGGGGGUUUCUGGGUUUGGUUUGGAGGGUGUUUUUAUUUUUUUUAUUCCCGAAGUCGGUGAGAUCAUCAUGCCGGGAGGCUGUGGUGUGACAGAAAUGCUAAAUAGCCCUUUAGCUCGGGGAGGCUUCCUCAGUUAAACUCCGUAGUCGCCUUGCAAUCAGGUGGUAAUCUUUCAGAAAAUGAGUACCUAAUUGAACCGGAGUAGUUUUUCAGGGAAACAGGCUGAAACUCAAAAGCAUAAGGUAUAUAUUAAAAAAUAGUCGUAAACCUUAAAGAAUAGGCUAGAGUCAUCAUGAAUGAAGAUCUAAAGGAGUAAGUCUUAGGUUGAAAAUGCUAGAAAACAUAAGCUGUUGGCAUGCGACCCUUACCUCUUUGCAAAGGACGAGUAGUAACCCAAGUCAUAGGAUUUUGACUUCAGUGUUUUGCAUUUUACUAGUUAAUACCCUUCAACUUGAAAAUACCCAGAAAUAUUCUAGUGUAAUGUACUUCAUUUUUUAUAUAGUUAAUACCCUUCAACUUUAACAACUCUAUAACAUUUUAGGUGCCAAAGUACUUAUUUUGAUGGCAUUUGGUAAAUAGGGAUAGUAGUUGUCAUCCAUGGAGUUAUGUUAAACAGAUGGGACAACGGAGCACUUCACACUCCUUGCUGUUUCUAAGUGAGUCAUUCAAGGAGUGUGACUAAUCAUCCUACAGUACAGUUGUCAACAAAAGAGUAUUUUUUUUUUCCUUAACUACCCACAGAAUCGAAGAGAUUUCCAGAUUUUCUGUGGAUAACUGAUAUAACUGAUAACUGAAGAACCUCUCUUUGAACAACACUUUAAAUUUAGAUUGAGGGGGACUACAUGUGAUGGACAUUUUAUCUUAAGAAUAUAUGUGGAAUUUUUCUCUGUGGAGCAAUACAGUGAUGUACCUGGGAAGUCAGUGAACUUAGAAUGGUCAUUGUUGGGCAAGCAGCCACAUGCUGUUUUAAGGCGUUUGUCUAAAUAGCUUAAUGUGAGACUGAAUUAAUUUUAUCAAUCCUUCCUCUCUCCCCCUCUCCCUGCUGCACCUGUGUCAAGUUGUAAGUCCUCUGGGACACAGGCACUUCAGUAUUCAGUGCAGUCUGGGUUGGGGAUUUUCAUGGUAAUAGUAUUAAUUAAGUAAUUUUCGUGAUGGGUAUUGCCAAGGUAAUGAUAGUGUGGGCUGAGGUUGGGUGGGAACUGCUUUUGUUGUGAGGAAACUGGGGUAGUAAGAGGAAGAACUGGAUGAGAAAUUUGUGUUUAGAAGUGUGAUAUGAGAAGUGACCUGAUUUGAACACAGCCCUUGUGGGAAAUCAAAGUCAGCAGUUAUCUACAGCUUGUGAGGCUGAGCCAAGAUGACAACAUUGAUUAAAAAGAAAAAAAUAUUAUGGGAAUGGAAAAUGUCUUGAAGGGAAGAUACUCAGAUUUAAUUUCUUUUAAGUUGAAUGAGUUAGAGCUGGGAGAGAAGAUUUUAAAUGCAUCAAAAUGUAGUGUUGGACACAGGAGGGGAAGAUAGUUGAUUUGGAGGAAGUGUAUUUAGAAGUGCAGUUACCUGGGACAGGGGCUGGUGGGGGUAAGUAACAUGAGGUGUGGAAAUAAUGCAACCAAGGAUACAUCAGAAUGGACAAGAACGUAAGAAAGGUAUAUUAAAUGUAUGCCAGCUUCUGCUGUUGACAAAUACAUUUUCUGAUUUUUUUGUAUCUGUUUGCAAUAUUGAUAAAGAUUUGAUCUUUUUAAAAUGUAUUUCUAAUAGUUGGUUUAGUCUGAUUGUUGUCUCAUGACCUGUCCUGUGAAAACUAAUUAUUGAUCAGGAGUGUGCUUAGAAUGCUGUUUUCUGUGUUUUUGCUGUAAUCUAAACUUGAAGUGACUUUUAUGUGUGUGUAAAUUGACAAAAAGCAAACAAAUAAAACAAACACAUUUACCCACAUGCAAGCAGAUUGGUGCAGUGAGAUUGGGGCUUUUUAGCCUGAUAAUCUCUGUAGAGAAGUGUUCUCUUUUUUUCAGGUGUCUGCCUCAACAGGUGUUACAGGUGCCUUUUGUUUAACAGGAAGGUGAAUUGAAAGGACACUUUAUCAUCUUUCAAAUAGAGAGUGGAAGAACAGGUUUCCUUUAGAAAAUAGGAAAGCUGAGGAGUGGUCUGAGGAUUGAGUCCUAACCAAAGGGAGGAGGACAGUUUGGCAUUAUCAUUAUGGAUCGCUCCCGACACCGUGCGGGAAAUGGCAAUGAGCAGGUGCCUUCACGGGAGCGCAGCGGUGAAGGUGAGAGACAGCGGCAGCUGGAGCGCCUCGGCAGAGAGGAAGCGUAUUACCAGUUCAUUAACGAGCUCAAUGAGGAGGACUACAGGUUAAUGAGGGACCGAAACCUGCUUGGCACUCCUGGAGAAAUAACAGCAGAAGAGUUGCAGCAACGUUUGGAGGGGGCUAAGGAGUGUCUGACAUCGCAGUCUGAUCUGGAUAACAGAGAAGGUGAAGGUAGAACUGUUGGAGAUUCUGAAGUUCUUGGGGAAAACUCCAAUGGCGACUCUUUGCUUGAAUGGCUCAACACAUUUCGUCGCACAGGAAAUGCCACUCGCAGUGGGCAGAGUGGUAACCAGACCUGGAGAGCUGUGAGUCGAACAAAUCCAAACAGUGGGGAGUUUCGCUUUAGUCUUGAAAUCAAUAUAAAUCACGACCAUAACAGUUUUGAAACUUCUGGUGAGGAGUAUGUUGAUAUAGAUGCCACCAGACUGUAUGUAGAAAGAAGACGUCAGCUAGUUGCCGGUUCAGCAGCCCCACGGACAAGGAGCAUGGCUGCAAGAGAGGCAAACAACGAAGCUGCAAGGACCAGGCUUUUAAGGCGUGCCAUGGCAUUAAGGUCAGAAAUAGUUUCUCAUGCAGUCUCGGGGAGGCUCAGGAGUAGAACGAGGGAGCUGACAGGCCAGACAAAUAAUACUACACGAAAUAAUUCUGUGGCUGCUGAUGAACCAAGAGAAAUACCAGAAAGAGGUACUUCUGCAGCAGUCAGAAGGGGUAGAGCUAGAACUAAUGUCCGGACUAAUACAAACCAAAGACUAGAAAUUUUGCGACUGCGGUCUACCCUAAGUAGUCGAAGCCGCUCCCCGCUGCAAAGGCAAGGUGAUGCUGCUCAUUCCGAAGAACGUGGUCAGAGGCAGGAUAGAAAUGCACAUCAGGUCAACAGAAGUAGGAGACAAACAGCUCAGGCUUCUCCACAGCUUACUGAAGAGCAAGCAAGAGGUAACACUCAGGCUCCCCAGCUUUCCAGUGUAGCCCCAUCCUUACGAACAACUUCAGAAGAGGAAGAACCUAGUAGGCCAGUAGCUGCUUCCAGAAGGCACCCGACAAUUACGCUAGAUCUUCAGGUGAGAAGAAUUCGUCCUGGAGAAAACAGAGACCGGGACAGCAUUGCCAGUAGAACUCGUUCCAGAGUAGGAAUGUCAGAAAACACCGUUACCUUUGAAAGUGACAGUGGGGGAUUUCGGCGCACGAUAUCCCGCUCAGAACGCGCAGGUAUUCGGACCUACAUUAGCACUAUACGGAUACCUCUUCGUCGGAUUUCAGAAACUGGGCUUGGGGAACCUUCAUCGGUGGCUCUUCGAUCAAUCCUUAGACAGAUAAUGACAGGCUUUGGAGAACUGAGUUCUUUAAUGGAAACUGAAUCUAAUUCAGAAGUGCGAAGAGGCGGUCAUCACUUGGCAGAUGCACAGAAUAACUCAAGUUCAGCAGAUGGCAGUGAUCCAAGUGGGGUUUUGUCUAGAAAUGGACAUGCAGUAGAUGGUAGCAGGGAAAGAAAUAGACAGAGGGGUGGUGGUCAACGCUCUGGGCGCAAUCAUGAGAGCCAAGAUAGCAGGCAGUCUCAAGAUGCAAACAACUUAGUGGAGAACGGAACACUGCCCAUCCUUCGACUUGCCCACUUCUUCCUGCUGAAUGAGGAUGAUGAUGAUGAUCGUUUAAGAGGUUUAACCAAAGAGCAGAUUGACAAUCUUUCUACACGGAACUAUGGGGAUGUUCACACUGAAAAUGAAUGGAGUAAAACGUGCAGUGUUUGCAUUAAUGAAUAUGCAACAGGGAAUAAGCUAAGGCAGUUACCUUGUGCGCAUGAGUUUCAUAUUCAUUGUAUUGAUCGCUGGCUUUCUGAAAACUCCACCUGCCCAAUUUGUCGGCAGCCAGUUCUGGGGUCUAAUGCCACAGAUAAUGGCUAGAAUUGUUUGUACUGCUCAGCACUUAAGGAUUUACUCCUGCUCUGUUAUGAGCCAGAUGAAAUUCAUGACUUAGAUAUGGGUCCAUUUCUGGGGGGAGUUUUGUUAAAUUUCUUCAAAAAUUAUAGAAACUUAUCUAAAUCUAACAAUGUAAAUAUUAUUUUUUCCAAGUGCAGGUCUAGGAGCACACAUAGAACCAAAUGAUAUUGGUAAAGUUUAUAUUUUUUUAGGUAAUUUUGUUAUGCUAAGCACUUUUGUAAAUACAGAAAUGCAAUAGUUAAUCAGUCCUGCUUAAUGUAUGUUUUUUAGCAUUGUAAUGGACUUACUUUAUUUAGAUUACAAAAUGUUUCACACAGACCCACCACUGUGUUGAAAAAUUAGUGGCUAAAUAGCCAUUUGUUAGCUUUUUGUUCUAAGAACAAUUUCUUUUACAGAGAGUCUCUUGCUGGACAUGUUUGCUAAAGAUAUUUAAGUUACUUGAAGUGCUCAUUUUAAUACUUUUUUUUUAAACAUUGAAAUAUCCUUUCCAAAAACUUGCCAAUUUGGUUCUAUUUAAAAAAUUCAAUGGCAAUUUUUGCAUGUGGGUUUACACAGUUCUUAAUGUUGAUGAGUUCUUAUUCAGAAGUGAAUGAGUUAGUGGCAUUAUGAAAUGUAUAUAAUUAAAUGCUGUCUUUGACAAUCUUUGUCUUUUCAGUGCAGACAGCAAUCAAAUCUGAUAAUUCCAAGGGGGUGUGUCUUACUUGCUCAAAGAAUAAAUGAGCACUAAGGAAGACAAGGAAGCCUUUUUACUCUUCCAAAUUAAUCAAUACUCCUGGGGUUUUAAUUGCCUUAGUUUAAAGAGGGGAACAUCUCCUUGACCAUUAUACAGUCUAUAAUAUGCAUGUUUUGGGCAUCCUACUCAGAAGAACAAAACAAAGACUUGAAAUGCUUUUGUAUAGAAUGUUAAGGUACACAUGUAGUGUUAGUCCUCUUGAAACAUGCCUGAGGACCAAGUGGCAAAAGACACUAAAAAGGACAAACUAAGCUUCCCUGAAAAUCCCCAGUAUCUGUAUAAUUAGAUAUUAAACUUUAUACCAAUGACUUACACUGAAAUAAAGUUGCAAGUUAAAUAA